UUUCUCAUAUUAAGCUCCUGUUGCACGCCCUCUCCUCUCUCACUGUCUAACUGUCAGACUGUCACUGUCACCGGUGUCACUCGUCGUCGAUCAUUCCCUGAACUCCGAUCUAGCCUGUCCUCCUCUCAACUCAAGUCUAGCCGUCCAGUGAGAGCGUUGAACUCAAUAUUUCAACAAUGGGAUGUACAAGCAGUUCCAAGAUGGUGGAACAUAAGUGGAGAGCCCUGCAGUGGAGCCGUUAUAAAUGCAACUAGCUUGGAGGACUAUAAUCCUGCUAUCAAAUGUGACUGUUCCUUUGAAAAUGGCUCAACUUGCCACAUCACUGAGCUGAGUGUAUUUGCUAUGGACAUAAAAGGAGCGAUUCCAGAAGAACUAGUGGCUUUGCAAUUUCUGACAAAUUUUAGAAUCAAACUAAAUUACUUCACUGGUUCCUUCCCUGCAUUUAUUGGAAAUUUAUCUCAAUUGAAGUAUUUAGAGGUUGGCCACAAUGUACUUUCUGCUUUCUGGGCCUCUCCCAAAGGAGCUUGGAAACCUUAAGAACUUAACUUUUCUAUCUUCAAGCUCAGUUUGCAGUAAUCAUCUUGCCUAUCAACACAACCCUUGUCUCCAAGUUUACAGACACUGGAUUUGAGUUUCAACAACUUAAUUAUUCAAAUCCCAAGUGCUUUAUUCAGUGUCAAUUCUCUUACUCACUUAUUCAAUUGUGGCAGUGAAGAGAUGAAAGUUGAUAUUAUAGUUUGUGAGGCCGGUAGCUAUGAUCUUGGUGGAGCUUCUUGUAUUGUACUUGAUACCGAAAAAUUGGCAAUUAGUGAUGCGGGUUUGUUUUCUGAUGGACAAUUUAACACUCAAUGUUCAAAAUACUAGCUCGCAAGUGACUGGCACCACAGGCCCGAAGCUUUAUCAGUCUUCUAGGCAAUCCUCGGGAUCUCUUAGAUUCUGUGGACUUAGUCUGAAGAGUGGACUUCACAAUGUAAGUUUGUCCUUUGCUGAGACAGUUUUUGGUGAUCAAGGCUGACAAAAGUGGAUGAGUCUUGGAAGGCGUGUUUUUGAUAUCUAUAUUCAGGACUCUCCAGUUAAAAGAUUUUGACAUAUCAACCGGAGCAGGUGGGGAAAGAAAAGCAAUUACGAACAAAUUUAAUGCUAAUCUGUCUGAUAACUAUCUUGAAAUUCACCUAUUUUCGGCUGGUAAAGGGACCUGUUGCAUAGCUGACUGAGGUAACUAUGGGCCAUUAGUUUCAGCUCUUAAGUGUCAUUCCAGAUUUCACACCAACUGUUGGUAUUGGACGAAAGAAGAAGAAGAGUGGGUUGAUUGUUGGUAUUGCUGUGGCUCUUGGAAGUUUGGGUUUGAUACUGAUAUUUUUUAAUUCGUCACAUGAGGAUAAAAAGAGAUAAUGAUGAUGCAGAAGGAAGAAGGGAGAGGCAUCUUGAUUGGCCUACCUGGUUCAAAAUAUGCUUGGGAACUGCAAGAGGUCUAGCAUAUCUUCACGAGGAUUCUAGGCCAAAGAUCAUACAUCGAGAUGUCAAAACAAGUAAUAUUUUACUUGAUGCAAAACUCUGCCAAAAGAUAUCAGAUUUCGGAUUGGCAAAGCUGUAUGAUGACACUAAAACUCACAUCAGCACCGGAGUUGCAGGGACCAGGAGGUGUAUCAGAAACCCUUCAUUUUCUUGGAGUGGCUAUUUGGCAUUGGAGUAUGCAAUGCGUGGACACUUGACAAAAAUGGCUGAUGUAUUCAGUUUUGGUGUUGUUGCUUUGGAGAUUAUGAGUGGAAGACCAAACUCUGAUACUAGCUUGGAUAGGGAAAAAAUUUAUCUUCUUGAAUGGGCCUGGAGUCUUCAUGAAAGUAACCAAAGUUCGGGGCUGAUGGAUCCCAAUUUAGCAGAGUUCAGUGAAAUCAAAGCUCUACGAAUAAUUGGAGUUGCCUAUUGUGCAGUCCCACUAAUGUCACAUGUCAUUAACAUGCUUGCUGGAGAGAUCGAUCUGGAAACUGUUACUUCAAAGCCAAGUUGUUUGACUGAUUGGGGUUUUUAAGGACACAACAAAUAGCGUUUUGAACAAAGAUAUUGUCACAUCCUCUUCUACAAGGAGUUACAGCAGAAAGAAGAGCCAAUGUAAAAAUGCAACUGAUGAUAGCCCUGGAGUUGAUCCGUUGCUCUCUCCAAGUCAAUGUCGCUCGAUUCAGUGACAUGAUAGCAGUGGGAAGGUGAGAAAUUUAUUUGCUCGCUGAAACUGAGUGUAUAAUACUGCUACUUCUGCCCACUAAAAUCCAUGUAACUAAUUAACUUAUUGAUUCUUAUCCUCCAAGCUAUGGUAGGACUUUUAAUGUUAUGAAGUUAUCCUCGUAUACCAAUAACAUUAGAUGAUGAAUUUGAUGGCCAUCGUACUGGAUGUAAAGAGAAAAAAGUUCACUAUAUUUCUUGUUCUUGUAAUAUCUUGUCUGCAACUAGCUUAUUUGGAAUGUCUUUUGGAAUUUCUGGAUAUGGGAAGUAUGAGCAGUGAUUGAUAGAAUUUUUGUAAUAUUUUGUAAUUUAGGUUGUGAUCUUUGUGGCAUGAAAUGUCAUAUUGGUAACGGUCAUAGAAUAUGCAGGUUGUAAGGUUUGGAUAUAGAUGUAUAAAAGUUCCAAUCUCUAUAAUUCAAGCAUAUAAUUCCUGA